AUGUUUAAAUUAACCUAUUUAGCAUUAAACUCCUUAGGUGUUGCAUGCCGACAAGCUGCUGCCAAAGGAACCACCUUCAGCAAGACGUUCCAUAGCGCUGCUGUAAGGCUCCAAGAGGCGACAACGACCAGCAAAGACUCCGCUGGAGGCUCCAGAGACUUCAGCCAUUUGCCUCCUCUGCCCGGCCAAGAUAGUCCACUCAGAUGGGCGGGAAAGAAGUUCGAGGAGUUGCCCGUCCUGCAUAUCAAAGCUACAUAUAACAACACACACAUCCAACUGACAGACUGCGAAGGUCAGUCCUUGGUCAGAACUUCUUGUGGGACAGAAGGCUUCAAGAACAUCAAGAAGUCCACGCCAGUUGCCGCACAGACUGCCGCUAUCGCCGCUGCGGCCAAAGCUACAGCCAAGGGGGUGACGUUUGUCCGUGUCGUCGUUAAAGGUCUCGGACCGGGGCGUUUGUCGGCUAUCAAAGGCUUGACCAUGGGGGGUCUUGAAGUGGUCUCCAUCACCGACAACACACCUGUGCCACACAACGGCUGUCGACCGCGCAAAGCGCGUAGGACAUGA